UUUUUGUCGCUAUUAUAAUGGCAGAUUAUAAAUGGAUAUCUCUUGGUGUUUUGGCUAUGGUUAUUAACAAUGGAUAUAUUUUUACUGGAUAUUUGGGACAAAUUGCUCGAGUUUGGCGUGAAUCUGAAGUUCAAAUGGUUUGCAUUGAAAGAGUUUCUGAAUAUAUUAAUAAUGAAAGAGAGCCAGAAUGGAAUACAAUAGAUGAAUCUAGAAAUUGGCCACCAUCUGGUGCUGGGCAUCUUCAAUUUAAAGAUGUUUGUUUGCGUUAUAGAAACGAAUUGGAUUUGGUUUUAAAUAAUGUUAGCUUUGAUGUUCGGGCGGGAGAAAAAGUUGGAAUUGUUGGACGUACUGGAGCUGGAAAGUCUUCACUAACUUUGGCACUCUUCCGAAUUGUUGAUCCCUGCUCUGGCAAGAUUUUAAUUAAUGGAAUUGAUAUUUGUACUUUGGGUUUGCAUGACUUACGUAGUUCGUUGACUAUAAUACCUCAGGAUCCUGUUCUUUUUUGUGGCACUCUUCGUUUAAAUUUGGAUCCAUUUGAUGAUUACACAGAUGCAUCUCUUUGGGAAGCUCUAGAAAAAGCACAUCUUGCAGAGACAAUACGUGAAAUCGAGGGAGGUUUAGAUUACAAAGUUGCUGAAAGUGGAGCUAAUUUAAGGUUUAAAAAUUUAAUUAAAGGAAUAAAUUUUCUUUUAAGUGUUGGUCAACGUCAACUUGUUUGUAUGGCAAGAGCUGUUCUCAGACAAAAAACGUGUAUUUUGGUUCUCGAUGAAGCAACGGCGGCGAUUGAUCCAGAGACAGAUUCUCGCAUUCAACUAUCUAUACGCAGUCAUUUUAAAGAAUGCACGGUGUUAACAAUUGCUCAUCGUUUAAAUACAAUUAUUGAUUAUGAUCGUGUACUUGUAAUGGAUGCUGGUAAAGUGGCUGAAUUUGAUUCACCCAAUGCUCUAUUGAGGGAUUCUGAUUCUUUAUUCUUUAAAUUGGCAAAACAGGCGGGUAUAAGUCAAAAUGAGAGGGAAGAAAUAUAA